AUGCGGAGCUGGCUGCUCGCGAAGCCCAUAUCCGGCACGCGAAGCCCAUAUCCGGCACGCGAUGCCCCACCUGGACCCGGCCCUAUCCACGAACUGUUGGUCCAGGCCGGAGUCGAGCAUGCCACCACCCGCGGACACAUCGUGGGCACGAGCAACCGAACCCAGCUGCGGGCCCGGCAGGCGGCUGCUGCCGCGGCGGCGGCCAACGCUGGACAGGGCGGAGGACAGUAG